AUGUUCCGCUCCUUCGCCAUCCUACGCCCGAAGCCGAGCUUUGUCGUCACAAGGACCCCGACAUCGUUCUGCACUUCCGCACGUUCAUUGGCCGCUAUAGGGGUAGGCGGCGGUGAGAAUAGCGGCGGCGGCGGCGACGACGAGCUAGACGCGGCGAGGCGCUGGUUAGCAAAUUUCAAUGCCGAAACAAUACCGCGUAACAUUUGCGACGUCUCUUUCAGUAGAUCUUCUGGUCCUGGCGGUCAGAAUGUGAACAAAGUAAACUCAAAGGCUACUUUGCGACUCCCGCUAUCGGCCUUGCUGCCCAUGCUUCCUGUUGUUCUCCGACCUGCAGUCUCAAAAUCUAGAUUUAGUGCCAAAGAUGAUCUGGUCAUACAGGCAGAUGAUAGCAGGAAGCAGGCUGAGAACGUGCAUCGCUGUUUCAUCAAGCUACACGAGAUGAUUGUGCAAGUUGGACGUGAAGUGGUGCCGGGCGAGACUAGUGCUGAGCAGGUGGAACGCGUCAAGAAGCUACAAAAAGCAGAGAACGAAGGCAGACUCAAGAUGAAGAAGAAGCACAGUGACAAGAAAAGUGCAAGACGAGGCGGUGGAAAGCCAGACUAUUGAGAGGAAAGUAUCAUUGUAUCAUUAUUUGUAUAUUAGUCCAGUGACGACUCAUGCGAUGUGCGAAUGUAACGAGAUGCUCAUGAUGACAGAUCGGUAAAUUGUCCUGAGAUCAGUAUCACACGCAGCGACAGGCGCUUAGCAAGGUACCUAUACUUGACAUGUCAGCAAUGUAUAACAAAACCAAGGCAUGAGAAGCUGCAGAGGUGUAUGUGUGGAUAAUAAAAUCAGACAUCCAAGGAAGAUGUUGCGCUCAACGACCGUCAAAGAUAGGUUCUAGGCGACGGCUAGCGUGAAAACUGCGAAUGUGGUAUGGGUUUCAUCAUAGAAAUCCGUGCUGGGGGUGGAAGAGAUGAGAGAGGAUGCAUACCGAGAGCGAUAAUAUGGUGAGACAUUGAUGACGGCGUGGGUUGGCGUAGUCAUAUAUGAGGCGAUCUACUCUACAGCUUCCUGCA